AUGCGAAUCGAAUCAGCGAGCCAUUGGUUUCACGUGGCGGAGUGCUUCAUCGGGCGGAGGUCGGAGUUCAAGGAGCAUUUUGCCGGCAUGUCCGGGACGGAUGUGUACGUGAAGGACUCGGACACAUCCUGGAACUCCAGACUAUCGCCGAUGACUAGGCUGCUGGUCGCCGCCGGGCUGUCGAGCGUAGGCGUGCGCGACGUUCACUUUGUGGACGGCAACCACGCGUCGUUUUCCUACGCUGCUCCCUCUAGCAGCAAGAGCGGCGGCGGGGGAGCGGGGGCGGGGGCUAAGGCGUUGCGUGGCGGUAGUAGUAGUAGUAGCGAGAUCGGCGAUAGCCCUCGACCUGGACAGACUGGGGUCUUGCAUUUGGACGAAAUCGGGUACAUGAGUCAGUUCGUUGUGUCUACCGAGCAACCGUUACCCGACCGGCUAGCCGUAUCGGCACCGUUGUCGCCGGUCCGGCGAUGGGAUGGGGGAGGUGCCGAAGACGUUGCUAUUGAGGGGAGGGGAGGGGGGGCGCGGGAGUGCGUGAAGUUCGUGGACACCGUUGGGGACUGGGGACAGAAGAGAGACAAGUGGUUUCCGGAGGAAGAAGACCCGCGGGAGCUCUUGCGAGCGUUGGAUAGCUUCUGCCCCAUCGCUUGGCUAAGGAAGGAGGAGGAGGAGGAGGAGGAGCGACAAGAGGAGGAGGGGAAGAAAGGGGUUGAUGACGGGGAUGAGGGCACGGGAGGCCUCGUCUCACCGCUGCCAGCAGGCGCCGGUGGUGACGAAUUCCGGGGGGCGGGGGGGAGAGGGUCGCGCGGUCUGUACGCGACGGUGGUCGGGGGGCCGGAGCGGGGGUUCGCGGGAGGCGGCAGAGGGUUUCGCGCGGGGGCAAAGAAGCGUCAACCCGAGCCUCGAAAGCUAGUCAUCUACCAGAGAGAUCGCGACCGCAAGUUGCUCAAGACAGAGGAGCUAAUGGAUGAGCUUUGGAUCCGGUUGGGGCACCUCGGGUGGGCCGUUAAGGAGAUCAUCCACGACGACGAGCGACACCCUUGCGAACUCGUGCAGGAACUGGCGGGGGCGGACAUCCUCUUGACAGCGCACGGGUUCCAGUCGAUGCUAUCCCUGUUCAUGGCGCCCGGCUCGCUUCUCUUUGAGGUGUACCCGCACAAGUACUACAAGAAAGGCUAUGCACCGAUGGCUCAGAGCAUGGGCCUCCGUUACGCGUAUUCGGAGAGCCCGCCGUUGUUGCCGUUCGCGUUUUGGUCGUGGCCGUCCGUGGAACAGUGCAUGAAGUGGUACGUAUGCCGCCGGUAUAUGCGAAGUUCGGACGUUGUGAUCACAGAAGAUAGCAUCGAAGUGCUCAUUAGCCUCAUGCUUAAGAGCUUGCGUGUUGCCUGAACGAGACGCGGCGGUUGACGUUGCGAAAAAUCUGUUUGUGGAAGGUGUGGUAAGUGCAGUCUGGUUCCUUGUCUUUGUUGUGUGCUUUUAGUGUUUCGCGAGUCUAGCAUGGUUUGAUGAGCGGAUUUACAGGUCGCGGGACGCCGCGCAUGUUGCAGUUUUGGACGGGAUCUGGGGGGUGCGCACAAUCGCGUAGCUGCCGCUUCUGGGAGUGGUUAUCGAUGCCCUGCAGGCUAGCGCAUACCUCUCGG